AUGAGAUUCCUUAUUGUUCUUGCUUUCUUCUUCGUUUUCACCAAUGCUCAAUUCUUCAACCGAAGAAGUAUAGCCAUGAAAAAAUUCGUAGAAGUGUUGGAACACUUCUCACAUUCAUUUGAGAAACCAGGAAAUGGAAAAGUAUUCUUUGAUUCAAAUUUCCAGUUUAAAACAACGGAAGACGGAAUCAAAACUACUAGUAAGUUGUAAUAAUUCGAACAUUUGCCGUUUAUUAUUAUACAUAUACAUUACAGAUCAAUUCCUUAACUUUUUGAGCAUUGUUGGACCCCGAAGAUUCUUCCAGUAUAUCAGUUCAGCUAGAUUUGACAAUACGGACCAAUUGAUUGCUAUAACCAAUUUUAAAGAAGUCAAAUGGGAGACCAUCUUAAAACCAUAUGCAGGAGUUAGUGGAGGAUAUAGAUUUGUAUCUGUCAAACCAAAAGGGGACAUCAGAAAGUUCAUCGAUUCGUUCUUUUAGAAUUGAAAAUUGAAAUAUAAAGGUUUUAUUGUGGGAUAUUUUUUACUUGAACUUUUUUUUAGAAAGUUAGGUUAAACUUUUUCUCACAAAAUUAAGGGCUUGAAAAAUACAGUAAUAACAGCUUCCUUUUUAAAUUUGUAUUUUUCAAAAAAUAUGAAACGGUGAAAAUUUAUUUUCUUGAAGAAGAAUUCAAACUAAUAUUUACCGCCAGAGAAAAAAAUAUCUGAAAAAACUUCAAGAAAAAGUUCAAAAAAUCAACUUUUCCCAUGAAAGCUAUUCACCUUUUCCAGUUAUUUGUGUUGAUAAAAAUAAAUCAAAAGUAUACGCCAACAAUAAUUUAAUUUCCAAACACAUAGUUUUCUUUCUUUUCUUCUCCAACCCAUUCAUUUUUAAUCGUUCUCUGGAACUUUCCAGAUAUCCCAAUUUUUCUUAUGAAUAGACCUUAAUUUCGUAUAAUAUUUAUUAUCCAAAUGAAUAAAAAAUUCUAAUCUUUGUUGAACAUUCUUAUUAGACAUCAACUAAUCCCAAUAAAAGAGAAGUACAAAAAAAACUCAAUCCGGUUUUAUUGAAUUUUUCUUGAUGGAUUAAUUCAUAGGUUUUUUUUCAAUAACUCACUCAUAAUCAGCCAUUUUUUAGAAAAAAACUUUGUUUUUCUUUUUCACCACCUCACAAGCGCGCCCCGCCCAUUUUCAUUUCCUUCUGAAUUUCUUGUGUUUUCGCAUCACAUCGCAUAUUUCAAAUUUUCUCAUUCAUUUUUUUAAUAAGCCAAAGUUUCCAUAGUUACCGAAAUUACCCUUUUUUGAACUUUAUUUUCUUUAUAUUUUGAUUUACUUUCAAAAAUCUUUCAGAUGGGAGCAACUUCUUCGGUCAGAAACACUUUAUCGCUUUUUCAGGCAAAUGGGGAACAACCCAAAAUUUUGGUGCUAGGUAAGUAAAGUGAAAUCAUAUUUAGUUUUCUUAAUUUUUUGAUAAACAUCUAAUAAACCACCUGCAAACAUCAAAGUUCCAUUUCAGGAUGCAUGGGAUGUGGGAAAUCAACCCUGGUUCGACAAUUCGUGUAAGAUCUCAAGAUACCCUAUCUAAAUUUAAAAGUUUUCAAUAUUUUCAGAAAGCAAAGUCGAUCAAUAGCUCUCAAAAACUCAUAUUAUGCACAUACAGUUCAAUACAAUUUGCUUGUUGUGAGUUCCAAAAUAACAAUAACAUCUAAUUUGUCGAAAAAUCUUUUGUUAUCUCUAUUUUGUUCAAGUUAUUUUUUCGUGUUACUAUGGUGAUAGUCAUUUUAAUUGAUGGGUUGAAUGAGGCAAAAAAAUGAGAGUUUUUAUAAGAUGUGAUAAACAAAAAGCUGGAGGGGGAGAUUCUAUUGAUAUUGCAUUGUACUUUUUGUUUAUGAAUGAGUGGCUACAUAGAAAAUAUAGGUUAUGUGAUUGUUUUCUGGAAAAUUAGGGACAAAAUGUUAUACUUAUUAGAUUAUUUGACUUAUAGGAAAUAGGGAGUUUUUACAAAAAUCAAGAAAUGUAUCAAGCGAAAAUCAGAAGAGACCAAAUUUUCAGAAAUACUUUGAAACUGAAAUUUUUGGGAUACGAGAGCUGUUAGACUUCGAGCUUUUGUGAAUUUAUACAAUAAUUGGAAAAUUUUUAACCAAAAAUCUAGUUAUUUUUCGAGAAACCCGAAUUUAAAAAAAAACUGGAAUGAUUUUAAAAUAAUCUACAGUUUCCAAAAAUACUGACUUCUGGAAACUCUGAACUUUUUUCUGGUUAGGAAAUAUAGUUCUGAACAUUUCCACGUGACAAAAAUAAUUUUCAAUUUUUUCAAAUUCAGUGUUUCAAAUCAGAAAGUUUCUAUUUUGGUCACGGAACUUUUCGAAAAUUUUGUCACAAUUCAAAAGUUCAAACCCACUUUUUUAUCUUUGCUCUUUUUCAUCACUACAGUAAUCAUCUAAAGCUCAAAUCAGCAUAACAAUUUAAUUGCUUCGCAUGACUAAACAAUUAUCUAAUGAAAUAUGACUAACCAAAAAUUGUUUUUCUAGGUUUUCCGUGGACUUCGAGCGGUUUGCGAUGAUCUCAAUUUGAUCUAUACACCAGUUUCGGUAAGUUUCCUCGGAGUAUCUAUUUAAAAAUAUUUCUAACAAUAAAUAAAUAGGCUGAUUUCGACAUAAUCAAUGAAUUUCGUCACCGUGAAGAUUUGAGCGAAAAAGUUGUGACAAGUUUGAGGAAUAUUGCAAAAGCUGGACUUUUUGAAGAAUGCCAGAAGAAACGACGUGUUUUGCAAUUACCAAUUAAUUAUAAUUAGUGAGUUAUUUGGACAGGAAAACAACAUCGAAAUGUUGAGAUUUUUCAGCUUCAUGCAACACACAGAUCGCAUUUUGAAUCCGAAUUUUGUUCCAACAGAUACCGAUAUUUUCAUGUCGUAUAGUAUUACGAUGGGUGUGAAUACAGAGAUGAUUCGAAUUGGGCUUUCGAGAUUUGAGUGAGGAAAUAGGGAUCAAAAUCUAGUUGUGCUUCAAAUUAUUUAAACUAUAAUUUGCCUAUCUAAUUAUAGGUUCUAAGAUAAUUAGGUUGUGAUCUGAAAAAUAAUUACAUAUUUCAGCUGACUUAAUUUCAGAUAAUGAAAGGUUCAAAAAGUGAUUUCAACCGAACUUUCUGAAAAAUUAUUUGUUCUGUUCAAGCCAAACUUCAAUUUUCAUACUAUGUAGAUUCAAAAUUCUUUUUUUCUUUUAGAGUAACCGAACUUCCCGGUCAUCACAUAUUCCGUCGAUAUUGGCAAGAAUACUUCAACAACACAUCGGUUGUUUGUUUCGUCGUUGAUCUCAGCGAAUUAUGCGAUCAAGCAUUUUACACUGUAAUUUUUCAGACUAAUCCCAACCCCCCCCCCCUAUUUUUUCCAAUUUCAGGGACAUUUGAAAGACAAAACAGUGGGAAUCUAUCAAGACAUUAUCAAGAAUCCACUCUUCAAUGACACUGGAUUUUUGCUUCUUUUCAAUAAAAGUGAUACAUUUGAAGAGCAUUCAGCUGGAUUCGAUUUUCGCAAACUCGCUUCGCAUUUGCGAACACCGCAUGAGGCACUGAGUUUUUAUCGCUCACAAUUUUCAUCGAUUUCUCCGAAAAAUCGGACUUAUCAUCAUAUUGUAUCAUUGAUCAAAGUAAGUAGAGUUCGAGGGGAAAAGCUCCAAAUUCUUAAGUUUUUUAUGAAAAACUCUGAACUCUCUUCUUCAAAUAUGAAACUUGACAACUUCUAAUUGUAAAUCCUAAUACAGUUCCAGAACAAGGAAGUUAGUCAAACUCUCUUCGACAGUCUCAACAGAAUCUUCAAAAAACAACGAGAAAAAACCCAACUGGAAUAG